AUGUCGGCUGGCCCCAGGAUAGAACAUUUGACCUUGGUAUUAUCUUGCAGGAACGAGUCUUCGUCGCCGGGCCCCCACGGCCGUCCUGACCAGGUGGUCUAUAUUGUCACCUGGGAAGAUUUGGCCUCUGACCCACCCCCUUGGGUGGCUCCCUUUGUCACCCCCAAACCCCCUUCUCAAUCUCUCCCCGAGACGGAUGCGGCCCCACUUUCACAGGGACCCACUGCUCCCCCUUUGCCUUCUUCUGUACCACUCAUUCCCUCUCAGGCACCUGCCAAAUCUCAAUUAUAUCCUGUCCUCAAGAAAGUGAAAACCCCUCACUCCAAACCUAUUCUUCCUGUCGAUGAAUCUGUUCUUAUGGAUUUGCUUUCAGAAGACGGAGACCCCCCACCAUAUCAGCCCCCUACCCAGGGCACUGUAGGUGGUGGCGAUGCCCGGCAAAGGGGUCCGGACAAACCAGACAGUACCACUCCUACCCUGGAUAACGGACAAAAAGAGACUGUUAGAGACUCCCAGGUAGCUGGCAGACUCCGUGGUCGAAGGGAGACAGCCACGGAAGGAACCUCCCGAGCCUUUCCCCUGCGCCAAACUGCUGGACAAGGAGGCCAAUUUCAAUACUGGCCUUUCUCGGCGUCAGACCUUUAUAAUUGGAAAUCUAACAACCCCUCCUUCUCCAAGAACCCUGUAGCUCUCUCUAACCUAAUUGAAUCCAUUCUAAUAACCCAUCAACCCACUUGGGAUCACUGCCAACAGCUUUUGCAGGUCCUCCUAAACUCGGAAGAAAAACGAGUCUUCCUGGAAGCCCGGAAGAAUGUCUUGGGGGAUGACGGGAGGCCCACUCAGUUGCCUAAUGAAAUUGAGGAAGCAUUUCCCUUAACUCGCCCCGACUGGGACUUCAACACCGCUGCAGGUAGUCACCUACGUCUUUAUCGCCAGUUACUCAUAGCGGGCCUCCGCGGCGCGGGACACGGCCCCACAAAUUUGGCUCAGGUAAGACAGAUAAUCCAGGGACCAGAGGAAACUCCGACUGCAUUUUUGGAAAAGUUAAAGGAAGCCUACCGUAUAUAUACACCCUUUGAUCCUGACAGUAAUGAACAAAGGGGCAAUGUUUCUAUGGCUUUCAUUUGGCAGUCAGCUCCAGAUAUUAGGACUAAGUUGCAGAGACAAGAUAAUUUACAAGAUUAUAGCCUGCAGGAUCUCGUA